UCUCAGGAGUAGAAUUUCACUUCCUGUGUCUCUCAGGUGAGUCACCUGGGCAAAUGUCGUCGAUCGCUCGGUUUUAUGUCGACAUCAAAUGGGCUGUUCUCUGGUGAGAGUUUCACUGUAGUAAAGAUCCGCCUCGAGAGCAUUUGGAGAAGUCCUGAACUAUUUCUGGGUGCAAAGCAGUAGCUGAAGAUUUAUAUUAGAAGUGUUUCGCCCCACUGAGGCCUAAACACCUUGAAGGAAUCGUCUACUUUAAUAAUAGGCGGUGUUGUUACUUUCGUAUAAACAGGAGAUCAGUGGAUUAUUCGUUUGGGUUACAGGACUAAAAUGAAUUCCCUCCCUAAAGGACACCUGGCAGGGUGUGUGCUCCUGCUGCUGGUGUUUCUCCUGGACUCCACUUUUGGCCAGGCCGGCGAGCAAUGUCUAGCCCAAUUCAAGAGGGGCAAGGAGGAUUUUGUCCUCGAUGGCGACGAGUCUGUGAAAGACGGAGCCACGUUCAUUUCGUCGCCCCAAUUAACUCGAUACAGGGACUGCGUGAGCGCGUGCUGCAAAGAGCCGGAGUGCAAUGUCGCCUUCAUGGAGAGAGGAUCCGAGGAAGGCUUGAUCAAAUCCUGCUUUCUCUUUAACUGUGUGUACAAGAAGAAAUACGCCUGCCGCUUUGUCAGGAAACAAGGAUACAGCAGUUACAUCCUGGACUCCGUUUAUGAUAGCUACCUGGAACGGGAUGUCCCCACCAAUACUGCCGAUCAGCCACCGACUGCCAACGGAGGUCAGGACCUGGUGGUCCAGCCUCAGGAUACCGUGACACUGAAUGGCGUAGAGAGCAAAGACGACCAGGGGAUUGUGACCUACCAGUGGCAAAUUCUCACCGCAUAUCCUGAUGCUGUCAUUGAGAAAACCAACUUUGACGACCAGAUUAUGGUGUCCAACCUGACAUCUGGGGUGUACAAGUUCCAGCUGACCGUCACAGACGCGAUCGGCCAAUCAGACUCCACCAAGGUCACCGUCCUGGUCCUCACUCCAGAGCAGUCUGAGCACCACUGCAUGGCUCCAAAGAAGAUAGGGCCGUGUCGUGGGCUCUUCCCUCGCUGGCAUUACAACGGUGCCUCAGAACAGUGUGAGGCGUUCAACUUUGGGGGCUGCAGGGAAAAUCAAAACAACUAUCUCUCCAAGGAUGAGUGCAUGAUCGCCUGUGCCAGCUCAGAAAAAGGUGGUAAAUCUGGUAGACUUUUGCCAAUUCCCCCAACUCAAGGAGAAAGAUGUGGUGAUAGUCCGUGUGCAGCAGAGGAUUUCACGUGUGAAAACGGCUGCUGUUUGGAUCGGGGUCUGGAGUGUGACUCAACCCCACAAUGUUCCGACAACUCGGAUGAGAAACACUGCGCAGAAUACGACAAAAACUUUCGGAUUCUGUUGGAGAUCCCAGUGAAUGAACAAAAAGUGCGCUGCACAGAGCUCCCUGACACAGGGAACUGCAGGGACAGUCUCACCAAGUGGUACUACAACCCCCUCCACAAGGACUGCUUCCGCUUCAACUACGGAGGCUGCCCAGGGAAUGACAACAGAUUUGACUCUAAGGAGACCUGUGCGAGAGUUUGCCAUGGAGUAACAGAGAAGGACAUUUUUGCAAGAAAUGAUGGAUUUAAAAGGAGGAUUUCUGAAGGCCAAACAGGUAUUAUAGCGAUAGCUGCCCUGCUGGGUGUAGCGAUCUUUGUUCUUCUAUGCGUCCUGCUGUACUGCCUCUGUAGAGGAAAGAAGAAGGCGGUACAACACCACCGGGUGCCCGUCAACACCGUCCCGAUCAGCUUGGAGGACAGAGAGCGUCUCGUCUACAACAGCACCACCAAGCCCAUCUGACCCCUCAGUUCCCCCCUUGGUGGUGAAUGACACAGGUUAACAAACCCAGAUUGAUGAAAGACUAGACAAUAACCCUUGAUUUAGUAAGAAUUCUGGAGGUGAUCUGUUUAUAUUUUGUCCAUAUUUGGUUUGUAAGGGUGAUACACAUGGAAGGAAGGAACGUCUUAAAGAAUAAAAUGUGAUGUGUUAUAUUUGAAUUUGUAGCUUGUUUUUAAUGCAGUGGCAUGUUUAAAGGAAUUGUUGUAUGUCAGUUUGUACUCAGGUUAACAUAAAAGGAUGUUUUCUUCUGUUCUAUUUGAUUCCAUUAACAAUCUCAUAACUCUUAGCGAACAGCUUUUAAAAAUAAAGUCAGUUAAGAAAAGGAGGAAACAUCACCUGGUCUAUUUUUAGCCACUGCUUCAACGUAAGAGUUUCAGAUUUUUUUCUUAAAAAUUAGCUCUGGACUUUAUGAUAAAUGAAAUGUAAUCGGUGAUCCCUUCAGUGUCCUGCACCUCCAGCUUCCCAUUGUUACAUCGUAUUACACAUACUUGCGUAAUGUUGUACAUAAACAAAUCAUUUUGAGAAUAACAUUUGACCGGAAAAAAGGUAUUUCUCACUUAUGUUUUAGGAAUUUUUA